UAUCUGAAGAGGAAACGUUUUCUGAAACAAAAAAGUGUAAACAAUCGCGCGUUUUUAAAUACGAUACGAAUAUUGUUUUAAUUAAAAUAUAUAUACGUAAUAAAAUCUCAAAAAUAUAUCUGAAUGUACGAACAUUAUGAUUACAAAUUAUAUUAUUGGGAAUUAAUAAUAUUCAUAUGUAUUUUUAUAAUUGUUUACAAAUGCUUUCAAAACGGCCUCAACGCAAUCAAAGAGAGAAACGAGAGAUCAGAUAAUCGUUUAUUACUAAGUACCAUAAGAAGACACAAUCUAAUUUUAAAUGCAGUUUUCGUUGUUUUGACAAUCUGUUUAAUGUUUGAAAAACUUCAAGAUAAAAAACCUGUGGUUAUUGGACUUAUUUGUAGUUUUAAUGAAAAUGCUGUAAUUCCUUUCUACUUAACCUUGUUGGAGCUAGUUUAUUGUUACAAUAUUUUCAUUGCACUUUUGAAUCUAGUUAAUUCAAACUUUGUUUUUAAUGGCACGAAACGACUUUUACUUAUAGAAAUAUUGUUCAGCAUUGCUACCUAUUGGUUUAGUAGUUAUCUGGUGAAAGAAAACUAUAUCAAUUUUUGGAUCUUAAUUGUUUACGAAACAAUUGUUUUACUGGGUAUUGAACUGGUUGUUCUUCAAAGAGGAGAAUUUCUUUGUUUAAAACAGGCAGCUAAAAUAAGAACGUAGAUCUUUAUUUUACAUCAACGAUUCGGAUUAUGAAAAAAAAAAAACGUUCUUUAACCAAAUUCCCAGCCAAAAAAUACAGAAAUAUUACCAAAUAGCUUAGUAAAAAUACCAAACAUAUAGUUUUAAAGUUUUUAGUUUAAAGUUUAAUCAAAUCUCUAUAAUAAAAAUCUUUUUUAAGUUAAAAAAUUCGGAAAAUGUAAAAUACAUUUAUUAUAGAUUAGGUAUACCAGUAGGUAACCAUUUUUUAAUGUAUUAAACUAAUAGUUUAAAGUUUAAAA